UCAGAUCUGCAGUUGAUAUAAGUUGACAUGCCUUAUAAGAAAGUGAAAGUUGUCCCCAAGUCCGUCGCGACUAAAUCAGGUAAAGGCAUUGGAGUCACGAAACCUAAAAAGAAGACGCCAUGGGCUGGGCUGACUGUUCGCAAACCUAAGAACUUCGGAAUCGGAAAUGAUAUUCAGCCUAAACGAAACUUGAGACGUUUCAUGAAAUGGCCAAAAUACGUUGUCCUGCAGAGGAAACAACGAAUUCUGUCGAAGAGAAUCAAGAUCCCUGCUCCAAUUGCUCAGUUCUCGCGAACCGCUGAUAAGUCACUCUCCAACGCAGUGUUCAAACUCCUCGAGAAACAUAAGUUGCCCACUGACAAGGAGAAGAAGGAAGAACUGGAGAAAUUGGCAACCGAUAAGACAGCUACGAAAAAGCCAAGGUCAAUGAGAGCUGGAGUCAGGGAAGUUGUGAAAUGCGUCGAGAAGAAAAAGGCAAAGCUUGUCGUGAUCGCUCAUGACGUACAGCCUAUCGAAAUUGUUUUGACGCUCCCGGGACUUUGCAGAAAAAUGGACAUUCCUUACGUGAUAGUAAAAGGAAAGGCCAAGCUUGGAACUUACAUUCACAGGAAAAAUGCAGCUUGUCUUGCGUUGACUGGAGCAACAACGAACGAGUUGAAACCAAUUUUGGAAGGAAUCAAGGCACGAUCUGAGGACUGGCAUGUGCAGGGUGGGGGUAUUCUUAGUAGGAAGACCCAAGUGAUGCUCGCGAAAAGAGAGAAGGCAUUGCGGGCUCUGAAAGGAGAGAGACUUUAGAUCUUUGAGAGACUCAAAUCCUCGAGAGUGAAGCUUGUUUGUUCAUUUUCUGACGUUGAUCAAAGAAUUAAGUUUCUGCAACAAUAA